GCAGCGCGGACAAAGCUUAGAAAUUUCAGCAGAACCAACAGCAGCACGUUUGCCAGCCGACGUGUGUGCUGUUCGUCAUGGCUUCUCAAGGCCAGCGGUAUACGCUCUGCGGUUUUUCCCAGGAACUUGACUGGAGACCUUUACACUUCGUCGAGCCUGUUCCGGCCCACAGAAUAUGCAAUGCUUGUGGCGUAAUCCCCAGUAGUACUGCCCUUCUCCCAUGCGAACACGUGCUGUGCCGCAGCUGUUACGUGCACUGCUUGCUCGAGGAUGAAGUACACGCCUGUCCGCUCGACGGUGACCACUUUGUAGAAGAAGACGCUCAAUGGAUACACUUUCCUUUGGAGAACUUGCUCAAGCGCAAGGUAAAAUGCUGGAAUGCAGAACACGGCUGCGCCAAGGUUUUGGCUGCAUCAGAGCAAAUCAAGCAUUUUUGCGAAGACUGUGACCACCACUCUUUGUCCUGUCCCGAAUGUUCAAAGGUCGUGCUACGCAGAGAUGUGUGCGAUCAUCUACAGAGCAAAUGCAGAGAUUACGCGAUGUCCACGACGCCCGGUUCUUCGCAAACGAUCGACAGUUACAGCCAGGAAAUGAUGACAGCUGUGAAUGCAAGCAUGGACGCGCACGUAGGUGAAAUGAAAGACAGGCUAGAGCAAGUUAUUAGAGAUAAUAACGGUCAUAGUGACCGCCUCGACGAGAUUUUACAUUGCGUGAACACGAUGAAAGAAAUGCUGCUAGAGGUAUCAAGUAGAAGUAGAACACUUGAGAACGUUGCAUCACAAACAGCAGCUAGCAUAUCCUGCUCCAAAGCAAUACAGGAAGCUUUGAUUGAGCACGGUGAAAAGUUGCAGGAGCUUGCGCAAACCACAAAUAAUUCAAAUGAAGCACAGAUGAGAGCUUUAGAAGACACGAAUCGAGCUUUAGAACACCUGAAAGAAAAUACGGCAAAGACGCUGCAACCCGAAUUACGGGAAUGUUCGGUGGCUGACACCACUGCGCUCAAGAAAGUUUCAGACAACGUCGGUACGCUGGCUGAGACCUUCGGAAAACUGUUGCAGCAUUCCACGAACAGAAUCUGCACAAAUCUGGCACAAAUUGAUGCUAGGAUUGGGGAAGCAGAGGACCGUGCGGAACAAAGUGUAUUGAGUGCAACAAAACAAAAAGAACUGGCCCUAAACACUCUCAAUAUUAGGCGAUACGAGUUUUUUGUGAAAGGACUGAAAGCAAUCGAAAAAAGCGCACAUUCAGAAGGCAUUCAUAUCUACAAAUGUGGAAACAUGUACAUGUCUGGCUAUCACUUGUCCCCAGGAGUUGAACUAAAGAAAGUGGGGCAGCAUGUAUUCCUUCGCGCUAGAUUACAGCUACACAAGGGAGUGAUUGAUGAAUACCUUCAGUGGCCUUUCAAUGAGAAAAUUCGCUUGACUAUCAAACAUCCAUCGAGAGCCAAGCAGUGCCAGUUCUCAGAUAACACUACGGAUUCACUCAAGUGCUAUGGAAGGCCCGAAGAAUCAAGUAACCGAGCAGUACGUUUCAGCGACAUUUCAUUCCGCGUGGAUGAGCUGAAGCAAGAAGGAUACGUCACGGACGACAGCCUUCAUGUAAUGUGGGAGCUUGUUCCAAAAGACUUAGAGAAAUAACAAUGAUGGGGGCACUUUACGUAUUUUCGCAAACAGUUAAGCUGUUGAAACUGUUAUGAAUGGAUAUCAGUCUUCCACGUACCUGUGUGGAAAAUAAAAUAAAGCUUGCUUCGUAGCUCUAUAUAAUACCUCUUGUAUAUCUAUCAAUAAAAUCGACAUCCCAUUGCCAGUAAUUUCUGGCUAUAAAGUAGGGCUGAAUCUUGGCGCGUGUCUUUCGAAGGAAGUCCAUUGUAGAUGACUCCAAGUUGGAAAGGACACUGUUGUGUUAUGUCACUUCUUCCUUGAAUGAACACUUGUUGCUCUUACACUAUGGAAAUUGCCACUCUCAAGAAUUGCCUUUCAUUGCUGCCGAACGACUCCAAGUCGAGCGGAAGAUUGUUUUUUUUUUUUUGCUACAAUGCACAGGCUCUCCUUCCUCAUAACUUUUCGCAAACUCCUUUCAGACAUACGAUGCUUGUUUUCCAUGCACGACGAGUAACAAUGUCGAAAGUAUACGUAUAGCGCCACUCAUAGUUAGAAUGUGUGGUCAAAAGUGCUGACAAUGUAGCUGGUUUUAUUUAGCCAAUAAAAUCACUGGUAAAUAAAUUUUAAAAAUAGGGCUGUCGAGUGUCACUUAUUUUCCUUCUAGAAGUUGCAAGGGGUUGUCCUGCGCCCUAUUCUUUAGAACAAAGGCGUGAAAUACGUGUAAAAUGAGAUCGUCAAUUUACAAUUUUUUUCCAAUACAGUAUUUUUAAGUCACUUUACUGCCAAUUGGUUCACGGGCAAAAAUUUGCUAGGUUUCUACGAUUUCGCAAUUUCCAAUAUAGCGCAUUGUUAGCGGUGGUGGCUAGGAGUGAAAGCUGGCAUGGUCCAUUGGGCCUACACUUGUAGCUAAUGUCAAACCAGUGGCACUGUUCCCUUUAAAAGGUGUAGAGAGGCGUUGUAUUAAUGGUGAGAUUGAUUCCUUUUUCCCCUAAAGAGCCUCGCAGAAUUCUUUCUCGUGCUCUGGCCAGGUUUCAGUAAAGGACACGACUGCGGUUGUUAUACAGUCUCGUAGACACGCAACAUUGAAAAAAUUUUGCGGUUUCCUCUCAAUCAUUGGCAAAAGCUGUUUACAGGACCUUGCGCUAAAAGGACAAGAAAUACUAGUUCACCUAACGGUUUUGCAUUAGUUUUGAAUCAUUACUGUUCAAUUGAACGGCGCUGAGCGGUGCUUAGUUUUCCGCUGGGACUAAUGUACCUUAGCGGUACAUUAGUACCCGAGCCAGCAAGUAACAGCAGCCUGCCGUGCCAAUGCCGCCUACGCGCCGAUGCCCUCUCCCCUCGCACACCUGGCGCGCUGUGGAAUCAGAAGGUGUUCCCUUUCGCCCGCUCUGCUGCCUCGAUGCGCGCUCGCGCUGAGAGCGAGGGUGCCAUGGCGCCACGGCGAUACCCUCACGCAACACCUGGUGCACCUGUGAUGCUCACCCACGACGUGUCGGCGCAGCCAAUGGCGAUGUGAGUGUACGUGUCGUGUUGAUCCUACAUACAGAACCGACUUUAUCGCUCAACGGACUAUUUGGCGCUUUCCAAUUAACAACAGUAAGAAAAACUCCGAGCAGUUGAUUUAUACGCUUACGAUUUAUACAAUACGACGGACGAAAUGCGUGCGUAUGUAAGAGCUAUCGCAAACACAUGCACGUACACGCGCGCAAGCUACACUGUAAAAAAAUUCCGUAGUUAUACAGAGGAUUUCCGUCAUUAUACGGAGAACUGCAGGUAAAUAUACGAAAACUACGUCAUAUUUCAAAAAUACGGCAAAAUCUGCCGUUAAUAUACGGAAACUGCUCUCCGUUUUCAGCUUUACGGACAUUUUCACUGUAAUCAUAUGUACGGCUAUACACUGUUUUGGACGAAACAGACAGAAUUCCGUAUUUUUGUUACGCGAACAUCGGUAUUAUUGUGAGAAAAUUUAAGCUGUCUGAAUGAGCGCUCGUGCUCGUAAAGUUUCAGCUAACAAUAUUUUAUUGAACACGCAAACUGUACGCAUUAUGAAGAUGCGUACAAAAUGUGAGAGCUAGCCUUCUACCAAAAGCUGCAAUAACAGAUCGUAUAAAUAUAUAUACGCAUCUUCUAUUGCGGUCGCAGUUUGCCGCGUAUAUGGGCCUCGCUGAUCAUAUGCGCAAAUAUAUGCGUGUUCUCGCAAUCUUCUCAAAUUAAGCGCUUUGUAGUUAAUAACACAGCAUAUAUGUUUAAGUGAACGAAGAGCCGUGGACAUACGUGCAUACGUAAACAAGCUCGCAGCAUUCAGGUGCUGGUGCACUGGGAAUGACAUUGGUGCUCUGUAUACGCCAAAAAUUGUGCGCACUCUAAAUCAGUACCGAAACGCAGGGAGUGGUAUAAUGACCGUAACGGCGUUUAUAUUUUGCAACAAAUGGUCUCGAAGGGGGCUGGCGGCCUAUAGAUCCAAGUACAACGGUCGGAUGAAAUUUUCGAAUGCGGCAAGCAAUUAACCCAAGUGUCAAAGGGCAUUGCUGAACCGCAAUGUAGAUGGUUUAACUCAUUCCCAUAAUAUUUACAAAAUAUCUCGUCUCUGACAGUAACUGCCCAUUCGUUGAGAAAAAUCGAUUACGCAUAAUCUUCACUGUUCAUGUGUUAAUUCUUGCGAUAAGAUGUAAUCGCAAACAUUUGGCGCUUCAUCUUGAAACAAGACCGGUAAGCGCGCUCGUUCUUGUAUACGGUAGAAUAAAGAACGCGAACAUGCACCGACAUGUGUGUAAACUACUGGAAGGUGACUGAAGAUGAAGGACCUAUUACCGUGCUAGUACCGUGUGUACUGUCAAAAAGAAGAAAAAAAUAAUCCGGAAAGAAAGAAUAAUGGCCAGUGCCGAGAUGUAACGAUUCAAGCUUUAUUUCUUUUUGACCUAGAAUUGCAACACCAUUAGUUCCAUGUGCUUUAUUAAACUCAUUAGAACUCAUUAUUUACCCGUUCAUUACAUGAACCAACCAGCCCAAAUUAUCACUAUACUAGAGAUUAUGGGCGCAUCGCAGUGCUUUGCUUUGCACUUCAUUGCAGCACAGGGGUUUGCUAACCCCAGUAGCGAACGCUUUGGUUGACCUCCCUGCCUUUCUGCUUCUUGCAUUCUCUCUCCCUUUGUAUAAAACGCACUAACUUGUGGGAGAGAAAGCGUUCUCCUCUUUUAUAAAUCAAUUAAUUGUCAAGUAAUUAUAUUGCAGUUCCAGCAACUAGAGCUCAAAUGCGAAAACGAAACCGAUUCAGUUCUGUUCUCCGCGCUCACAGAGUGCUGCACCAGGGGGCAGCGCGCGCUGCGCGUCCGUUAGGAGUGGCAGACGGAGCUGCUCAUGUGUAGUCAGCCGGAAUUUUUCGUGUCGUGUUGUAAAAGUUGUUAAUUUGCCGUAAAUAUCUCUUGAUUUGUACUCAAGAGUGGAGCAAGACUCCAAGGAAGAGAGAUUGACGCAUUGGGAGCGAAGAACAGAAACGAUGGAUGGUUACGCUGCUUGGGUCUCGGCACGUUCGAAUUGGCAAAGUUCCGAAUUUGUCGCUGUGUUUUGUACGCUUGUGCGCUCGUCAUUUGCCGUCAUCGCGCGGAGAUAUUUGCGCUGGAUGUCUUUCACUUCGUGUACAAAACUCUGCACGCUGCCGCAUCGAAGAAGUUGUCCUGUGUUUGGGUGCACGUAUGCGCUUGGACACGGAUAGCCUGCUUGCUCUCAACGGGUGUUCAACAGUCUACGCGCACUCGUAACUUGCUCAUGAGGUAAGCCCAUUUUAAUCUUAUUUGGUUUGCAUAACGUAGGUGUUAAAAUGAUGUGUGGUAAGCCGGUGUCGCGAACAGAAAUAUUGUUUCAAAAGACCACUAUGCAACGUCUUAGAGCAAAAAUGACGCAUGAAUGGGGAUAGGGAUCACCCUAUCUUUUCAGAUCGAUUCCAGUCGUAGCGCGAUCGGCUCGAUCGUAACCUUUUGCUCACUCGCGUUAAAAGCAUAGAAUAAAACUGCGCUCAGUGGCGCACUUGUAUUGAAGCUUGUAUUGGCUUGAGAGCAUACUGUAUCCGAUACAAGAACUUCUGUUAAAAUACGGAAAUAAACGUUCGAGGCAAUACCAGUCGCUCACUACCUGUGAUCGUUACUUUCUUGCUUGGGUGCACGUUUUAAUUGUGACCAGAAAAAAGUUCUUCGCUCUGGCUGUGCUGUGUUUCUUUAGGGCAACUUUUUGCGGUGCAGCAAGACGUGUUGCUUCGAAUGAUGUCUGGGCAGUCAAGGCAUUCGUGUCAGUAAGCAAGCAGUAAACGGUGUAUCAGUGCGAAAAAAUUUGGACAUACAAGAGAAGCGAAUGGUAUCAUGAUAGACUCUAUUUUACAAAUAAUUCAGUUGUAUUACUAAAGCGGAGAGUGGAUAUGCAUGAAAGUCGGAUAUUAUUGAUACUCAGAAAAAACAAGGUAACAUAUCAUUACUAAUUAAUCUUUUUCUUUUACUGAAAGGCAAGUUGCUGUUGUGCUGGAGCUGAGGAGAGGUCUGCUGCCUGCAAUGGGUCCAUCUCUCUCAAGUUAUCGCAGUAUUAUAGCUCUCAAAGUUCAAAAAAGUAUGGUGGAAGCUGUUACCAAGGUUCCGACCAGAAAAGACAGCCAGUAUAAAAUGGUCCACACCACUGAUCUCUACUACAGGGGAUGGACAGCAUAUCGAGCACCCUCGACUGAAGCCAACCUUGUCCCGGAAGUUGGUGCUUCACAACUUUGCGGCAGCACUUCGUUUGCACGGCCUGUGGAGACAAGGUUUCUUAGACUUGGCCAUGGACCUCAAGGAAGAUGCCGAGGCCACAGGCAGUUCCUCCAGUGACCGUGAAAAGGUCCCCUGGGGCACAAGUCUAAUUUGGCACGCCUACCUUUCUCUUGCAGCUUUUCUGUCUACUUAGCUAACCAGCAGCAAGUUUAUCCUUGCAAGCGUUUUGUGUCAAGAACAACUUUCACCAGUAAGAAGUGCAAGACGAGUGAUUGAAAAAAAUAAAGUUGCUUCUGUUAUCUAAGAA